AUGUUAAUAGAUUUAUUCGCGGGAGAUAUUCGUUCGAAAUUUGAAAUCGUCCUCAGGCAGACUACCCUCCCGAUCGUGCCAGAUCGUCACCAGACCUUCCAGAGGCAGCUUUCUCAUCGAUUGGACUUGCCUUCCAUUCAGUUCAGUAUCUGUAGUCUGGAGCGCGCCGAUUCAUCUAUUGGACUUAUUAAGCCGGAGUUGUAUAAGAACGAACUAGUGCGCCAAUCGUCCACUGACAGCGCUGAGUUGGAAUUUUGCGGAAAGCUGCAUUUCGCUCUCAAGUAUGACCAAGAGGUGGAAGCUCUCAUUGUUAAGAUUUUCGAGGCUCGAGAUCUACCAAUCAAGGACAUGUCUGGUAGUAGCGAUCCGUACAUAAAGGUCUUUUUGUUGCCUGACCGCAAGAAGAAGUUCCAGACCAAGGUCCACCGUAAAAAUUUGAACCCUGUCUUCAAUGAGACUUUCCUUUUCAGCGUUCCGUAUGAAGAGCUACGCCAGCGUUACCUUCAAUUCUCCGUAUAUGACUUUGAUCGAUUCAGCCGCCACGAUCUCAUCGGCCAUGUUGUUCUGAAAGGUUUACUGGAAUCAGCUGAUCUUCAUCAGGAGAUCGAAUACACAAUGAACAUAUUAGCUGCACCACAGGAAAAGAAAGAUCUGGGUGAGCUGAUGUUAUCACUGUGUUACCUGCCUACUGCUGGUCGACUAACAGUUACCGUAAUCAAAGGUCGAAAUUUGAAGGCCAUGGAUAUCAAUGGAUCCUCGGAUCCCUACGUGAAGAUAUGUCUCAUCUGCCAAGGCAAACGAAUCAAAAAGAAGAAGACCACCGUGAAGAAAAAUACUCUAUGUCCAGUUUAUAAUGAAGCUCUGGUCUUCGACUUGCCGGCUGACAAUGUGUUUGAUGUCACUCUCGUUGUCAAAGUGAUGGAUUAUGACAGGAUUGGUCCGAACGAAUUGAUCGGAUGCACAGCCAUCGGAGCUGCCCUCAUUGGUAUCGGUCGCGACCAUUGGUUGGAGAUGUUGGACAAUCCUCGCAAACCGGUCGCUCAGUGGUAUCCUCUCAACAAAAGCCCACCGGCGAACGUUACUUUGCCAGUUAAUGAACAGCAGAACGUCGGUUUGAGCUGUUUAAACGGAAGGUAA